UGAGCGAACGUGGGAAGAAAGAGUAGUACAACAGGCGCCAGGGGGCCAUUUUAUUUUAUUAAAUAAAAGGGAAAGCAAUUACGUGAGUGAAGAUGCGAGGAAAACAGCGGGGAUUAAGGAGCAAAACCCAGCCUCAGUCGAUCGAAACAGGGAGGAAUAAAACGAGGGGCAGGAGGGAAGGAACUCAGGUGUCGAACGAGAGGAGAAUUCCGCCGCCAUCUCUUUCCUUCCCUAUCCCCACCCCCACAGAGAGAGAGAGAGAGAGAGGAAGGGUAGAAGAGGAGAUGGUUUUGUUUUUCUUCUCUCGUCGAGAUGGAAUGUGAUUCAUCCUACAUCUCGGUUGUUUCUUGAGCCCACAAAGCGGAGGAAUUUUUCAUGUUCGGCUUUUCCGAAGUUUCCGAUGAAUCUCUUUUCUUGAUCGCAUCGGUGAGAGUUCUUCCGUUUCCAAAUCUUAGCGAUACAUUUAAUCUUGGAUACCGGUAAUACCCGAGUCAUAUAAUCUAUGUUUCUUUUCUUUUUCCAAAAAGAUAAAAAUAAAAAUAAAAAUUCUUGCACUUGGGGAUUUCUCCGAGAUUCCACCUCGUCGCCUGCUCGCUCAAAUAGCUAGUUUUUCCCCUAUUUUUCUCUACCGAUUCGAUUUUAUUUUAUUUUUUAUAGACCGCCAAUGAUAGCUUCCUAUUUAUUGUUUUGUUGGAUUCCGUCCGUUCCCUGGACAAGAGGGACCGCAUUCGUUGGAAUCGCUCGCCCUAUCUCAAACCUCUUAAAUUUCCAAGGGCAUGCAUGAAUUUUUUUGGUACCUCACCUUGUCGAAACUCUAGUUAGCUUCUGGAGAUAAAUAGAUAGACCAGAAUGCAAACCAUUGCGAAGAAGAGGGACGGGUUCUUCCCCUUUCCGGAUCUCGGGCUCUCCUGGAACCUCCAGGAGGGUUUCUAUCCUCCCGGUGGCUUGUUUGCGAGCGUGGGCCAGAUGGGGGUUGGCUUCGGCGUUUCCCCCAAUCCGCAUCCCGAUCCCAAAGACAACGGCAUCACCGAUUUGUACGCCAAGUACGUGUCACCAGAGUUUGGGUUUCGUGUCAUCGCUUCUCCAGCCGACACGGCCCUGGAAGCCGCCGAACAACUGCUGGAGGAAGCCAAGCCUCAGAAGAAGAAGAAGAAGAAGAAAUUAAAGAUCCGGAUAGGAAACCCCCAUUUCAGGAGGCUGUUCAGUGGGGCGAUCGCUGGGGCCGUCUCGCGAACCGCGGUCGCUCCCUUGGAGACGAUCAGAACGCAUCUCAUGGUGGGUAGCAACGGGAACUCGACGACCCAAGUGUUCCACACUAUUAUAAGGACGGAGGGGUGGAAAGGGUUGUUUCGUGGCAAUUUUGUCAACGUCAUCCGAGUUGCUCCGAGCAAGGCUAUUGAGCUAUUCGCUUAUGAUACAGCUAAGAAGAUCUUGACCCCUAAGAUGGGGGAAUCACCCAAACUUCCUGUUCCUUCAUCUCUAGUUGCUGGAGCAUUUGCUGGAGUCAGUUCUACCCUCUGUACAUAUCCUCUGGAGUUACUCAAGACUCGACUAACCAUACAGGUUUGUAGUUCACCUAAUGAACGGUGUGUAGGUAAAGCCAAGAGAAUUACCUUUUUAAGUUUUAUUCCAAUCCCUCAUUUGCAGAGAGAUGCUUAUGACAAUCUCCUGCAUGCUUUUAUUAAAAUCUUGCGAGAAGAAGGCCCUGCAGAGCUGUACAGAGGUCUCACUCCGAGUCUAAUUGGGGUGGUACCAUAUGCUGCCACCAAUUACUUUGCUUAUGAAACCCUGAAGAAACUUUAUAGGAAGACAUUCAAGGAGGAGGAAAUAGGCAACAUCGCAACUCUUCUGAUCGGGUCAGCAGCUGGGGCAAUCUCCAGCAGCGCGACCUUCCCACUUGAGGUGGCUCGGAAGCACAUGCAGGUUGGGGCUGUCGGUGGUAGGCAGGUCUACAAGAACAUGCUUCAUGCUCUCAUAAGCAUAUUGGAGAAGGAGGGGCUUGGCGGUCUUUAUAAGGGUUUGGGCCCGAGCUGCAUGAAAUUGGUGCCUGCUGCAGGGAUCUCGUUCAUGUGCUAUGAGGCUUGCAAGAAAAUACUGAUAGAUGGGGAGGAUGAUGCAUAGUGUCACCAGUUCUCUUCGGCAGUGAGGUUCAGCAGCCGAAACAGAAAUUUUAGAUUUUUUGCCCUCGUCUAGGUUCUUAUAUAUACUUGUUAAAGGUCUUGAAACCCUGAUGUUUCUGAGUGCUGACAAUAGGAUUCAGGGUCUUACCUAGCUUAAUUUUUUGCUGUUUAUUUUUGGUUUUUAUUUUUUUAGUGAAAAGGAAAAGAAAAAAAACUUAAAACUGUUGAAAGAACUGUUUUUUGGACGGACAAAGAGACGACCAAAAAAUGAUGCAAAGAAGUGUUAGGUAAUGUUUGGAUGUUCCAAUUUUGGAUGGAAUAAGAGUUUAUUCCAUCUUAUUCCUUCAAAUAGAUGAAAAAGAAGUAGUGGAUCAUCUUGGUUUAACAA